GUAGAGUGAGGUAUAACUUCCAAUUCUACAUUCUGACUGGAGCCUUGGAAAGUGUUGAUACUGCAAUCCAGGAAGUGACAAGUAAUGUGCUUUUAAAUGAACGAGAAAUUGACUUUUAUGUGGAAAAGCGUCUCCUAACAAAAUUAGAAAACCGAAGCAGAGAUUUUGCAUGGCUGUCAUUAAAUAUUUGUAGCUGUGCUGUGAAUGGAGACUUUGCAGCAUACUUAAAACACAAAGCUUUCUGGGACAGAAAUUGAUCUGCUGACUUUUGAGCCUUAUCUGAUUACUGUUUGGUUCAUCUUUAUUUUGCCAAACUACUCUGUAGGCUGAAACGGGGGAGAGUCUCCUUUGUUUGCAGAGCCUGACCAGACAGGAAUUCUGCCAACUGCUUCAGCAGAACUAUGGCACUGAGCUGGGCUUAAAUGCUGAAGAGAUGGAAAAGUUACCACAGUUGAUUGAAGAUAAUGUGCAGCCAAGAAGUCCAGGAAGAAGCACUGUGGAUGAUUCUGGGGAAAAAGAUGAAAAAUUAUCCAAAUCCAUCAGUUUUACUCGGGACUCAAUUACUCGAGUUGCAGAAACAGAGUCAUUGGAUGGAAAUUCAUCAAAAGGAGGAUUAGGGAAAGAGGAGUCCCAAAGCGAGAAGCAUAUCAAAAAGAGUCCUUUAUUAACUUCAGAGAAGAGGUUAAAUAGAGUGCCAUCAAAAUCACUGGACUUGAAUAAAAAUGAGUAUCUUUCUCUGGACAAAAGCAGCACUUCGGAUUCUUUGGAUGAAGAAAAUAUUCCUGACAAGGAUCUUCAAGGAAGACUUUACAUCAACCGUGUUUUCCACAUCAGUGCCGAGAGAAUGUUCGACUUGCUCUUCACUAAUUCACGCUUUAUGCAGAGAUUUGUCAGUUCCAGAAAUAUAAUAGAUGUAGCAUCUACACCUUGGACUGUUGAAUCUGGAGGUGAUCAACUGAGAACCAUGACCUAUACUGUCAUUCUUAAUAAUCCACUUACUGGAAAAUACACUGCUGCCACUGAGAAGCAGACACUGUAUAAAGAAAGUCGGGAAGCACAAUUUUAUUUAGUAGAUUCAGAAGUUCUGACACACGAUGUUCCCUACCAUGAUUACUUCUAUACCCUGAACAGAUACUGCAUCAUCCGGUCUGCAAAACAGAAAUGCAGGCUAAGAGUUUCUACAGAUUUGAAAUACAGAAAACAACCAUGGGGACUUGUGAAAUCAUUAAUUGAGAAGAAUUCAUGGAGUUCACUGGAGAACUAUUUCAAACAGCUUGAAUCAGAUUUGUUAAUGGAAGAAUCUGUGUUAAAUCAGUCCAUGGAGGAGCCUGGAAAACUCAGUAGCCUGAGAAGGAGAAGGCGAACAUUCAACCGAACAGCAGAAACAGUUCCUAAGCUUUCUUCUCGGCGUUCUUCUGGAGAUAUGGGCUUAGAGGCCAAAGGUGAUAUUACAGGAAAGAAAAAGGAAGUGGAAAGAUACAACACUGCUCUUAUUGUGGUGAUGAGUUUUUUUUUGCUGCUGCUAGUUUUGUUGAAUGUGACACUGUUUCUGAAGUUGUCAAAGAUAGAGCAUGCUGCUCAGUCCUUUUACCAUCUCCACUUCCAAGAAGAGAAAUCCUUAAAGUUAGCCUCUGACAUGGUCUCAAGAGCGGAAAAUAUUGAAAAGAACAAGGAUCAGACCCAUCGUUUAAAAGGAGUCCUUCAAGAUUCCAUACUGAUGCUAGAACAGCUGAAGAAUUCCCUUGUUAUGCUUCAGAAAACCUUUGAUCUACUAAAUAAGAACAAGACUGGCAUGGCUGUUGAAAGCUAGUGAUUUUAGGACUGAAAUUGUAGCUACUUGGAAUGACAAGAAAACAUCUGGAAGAAAACCAGAGGAUGAAGGAUUGUCAUAGGAACAUUUCCACUUUUUCUUAUUAUUGGCACUUUUAAUACAAACAUUCUUUUUAAUAACAUUUACUUGAUAAUUAUUCUCUGAUGGUCUUAAGAAUCUAUUCUUUCACUUCCUAUAGAUAUUUUUAAGCUGUGACUUUCUCCAGCGAACUGAGAAAUGUAAUUCUGGAACUGAAAUUCUGUGAUACAAAAAGAAAAGGAUAC